GGAGGUGCCAGGUUAGAGCUUGGACACUCAGACCCUCCAGUGCAGGCCUUGCCCGGACCAGCCCCUCCUCCACUCUCCUCUCCCCUGUGAGCUCCACCUGCCCCAGUUCUCCUGGCUUUAACCCCUCCUUGGCCAAGGCCAGGGUUGCCUGCGGGAGCCAGGUGUCCGCUCUCCACACCUUUCACAGAUCCUACCCAGGCCACCACCCCGAACCCCUCCGACCCUGCGUUCCAUCCCACCAUCAACCUCCACGUGAAUCUGCACCUCUGCCCCAGCCCCAGCCCUCAGAGCAACCUCAGCCCAGCCCAGCCCAGCCCAGCUCCAGCUCCAGCCCGGGCCCCAUCAUGGCCAAGGACUUUCAAGAUAUCCAGCAGCUGAGCUCGGAGGAAAAUGACCAUCCUUUCCAUCAAGGUGAGGGGCCAGGCACUCGCAGGCUGAAUCCCAGGAGAGGAAAUCCAUUUUUGAAAGGGCCACCUCCUGCCCAGCCCCUGGCACAGCGUCUCUGCUCCAUGGUCUGCUUCAGUCUGCUUGCCCUGAGCUUCAACAUCCUGCUGCUGGUGGUCAUCUGUGUGAUUGGGUCCCAAAGUGCACAGCUGCAAGCCGAGCUGCGGAGCCUGAAGGAAGCUUUCAGCAACUUCUCCUCGAGCACCCUGACGGAGGUCCAUGCAAUCAGCACCCACGGAGGCAACGUGGGUGACAAGAUCACAUCCCUAGGAGCCAAGCUGGAGAAACAGCAGCAGGACCUGAAAGCAGAUCACGAUGCCCUGCUCUUCCAUCUGAAGCACUUCCCUGUGGACCUGCGCUUCGUGGCCUGCCAGAUGGAGCUCCUCCACAGCAACGGCUCCCAAAGGACCUGCUGCCCCGUCAACUGGGUGGAGCACCAAGGCAGCUGCUACUGGUUCUCUCACUCCGGGAAGGCCUGGGCUGAGGCGGAGAAGUACUGCCAGCUGGAGAACGCACACCUGGUGGUCAUCAACUCCUGGGAGGAGCAGAAAUUCAUUGUACAACACACGAACCCCUUCAAUACCUGGAUAGGUCUCACGGACAGUGAUGGCUCUUGGAAAUGGGUGGAUGGCACAGACUAUAGGCACAACUACAAGAACUGGGCUGUCACUCAGCCAGAUAAUUGGCACGGGCACGAGCUGGGUGGAAGUGAAGACUGUGUUGAAGUCCAGCCGGAUGGCCGCUGGAACGAUGACUUCUGCCUGCAGGUGUACCGCUGGGUGUGUGAGAAAAGGCGGAAUGCCACCGGCGAGGCGGCCUGACCCCGGCACGCCUCUGGCUAACCCAUACCCCACACCUGCCCAGCUCUGGCUUCUCUGUUGAGGAUUUUGAGGAAAGGAAGAAACACUGAGACAGGGGUAUGGGGAAGAGCUGAGCAAAGAGAGAAAGGAGGUAGUUUAAGAGUCCCUGACCCUGGAGGACUGAGAUCCCACCUCCUUCUGUAAUUCAUUGUAAUUAUUAUAAUCGUCAGCCUCUUCAAUGGUGUAGGAAAGAAGAAACAAAUGCUUGAA